AUGAUAAAAAUGACGAUAGUUAAGGUAACUGUCAAAUGGAAAACGAAUAUUUAUAAUGAUCUUGAGCUCAAUAUAAAUGAGCCAGUAGCAUUGUUUAAAGAGCAGUUAUGGAAAUUAACUGCCGUACCACCAGAAAAACAAAAACUAAUGUACAAAGGAUUAAUAAAAGAUGAUACCAAUUUGCAAACAUUAAAUAUAAAAAAUAAUGACAAAAUAAUGUUAGUAGGAUCAUCAGAAUCAUUGGCUGAAAAACCUGAUAAAAUUACAUUUUUAGAAGAUUUAUCAAAAGAAGAUAAAGAAAAAUUAAAUCAAAAUAAAAAUAUUAUUUUUGAAGAUCAAGGUAUAGUAAAUUUAGGAAAUACUUGUUAUUUUAAUGCAGUUUUGCAAUUUUUGACUUCUUUUAAUGAUUUAGGAGAAUUCCUAAGUAAUAUAAAAAAAACACAAAAUAUUGGGUUCAGAUCAAAUAAAGAUAUUUUAUUCGAUUCUUAUAUACAUUUUUCUAAAACUUUUGGAAAAUCAUCUGAGCCUUAUGUUCCAUUAGAAUUAUUAAAAGCCUUUAGAGAUGUUUUCCCAAAAUUUAAAACUAUUAAUGUAAGAACAAAACAAUAUGCACAACAAGAUGCAGAAGAAUGCAUGAAUGCGAUUCUAACAUCAUUAAAUGAUCAUACAGAAUCAAAAAUUAUUGAUAAACUUUUCUCAUUUAAAAUAAUUGGAAAAAUUAAAUGUGUAGAACAAGAAGAAACACAAAAAAAAGAAAACUCGCAAAAAAAAGAAAAUUCGCAAGAAAAAGAACAAUUUGAAUUAACAGAAGAAAAACAUAAUAAACUAAUUUGUUAUAUGGGAACACAAAGUACCCCAGUAAAUAAUCUUCAUGAAGGUAUUAGAUUAUCAUUAAUAGAAAAAAUUAAAAAAAAAAAAAAUGAAAAUGAUAAAGAAGAUACAUUAUAUGAAAAAAAAUCAGAAAUAGAUUCAUUACCUCCUUAUUUAAUUAUACAUUUUUUACGAUUUGAAUCAAAACGAAUUGUAGAUACAAGUAAUACAGUUUCUGUUGUUACUGCCAAAAUAUGUAGAAAAGUUUCCUUUCCAGAAAAUUUUGAUAUAUAUGAUUUUUGUUCUGAUAAUGUAAAAGCUGAUUUAAAAAUUGCUAGAAAUAUUACAAUGAAUCGAAAAGAUAUUAAAACAUCUAUUAUUCAAGAAAACACAAAUGAAGACAAUAAAUCUUCUGACAAUUUGAUUAACCAAGAUGAUAAAAAAAUAGAAUUUGUUGAAAUUCCAAAUGGAGAAUAUGAACUAAUUUCAGUUAUUACACAUAAAGGAAGAAAUGAAGAAAGUGGUCAUUAUAUUGCAUGGAAAAAAAUGAGAAAUUGUAUAAAUAAAGAUUCAGAAUAUGAUAAUAAUGGUCCUAGAACUAAAAAAAAUAAAAGUAAUAAUGAACCAACAUGGUUUAAAAUGGAUGAUGAUAAAGUGAGUCUUCACAAUUUUUCUUCUCUUGAUUUAUUUGGAGGAUGCAGUGAUUAUAACACCGCUGUUUUGUUAUUAUACAAAAGGAAAACACUAUCUUGUACUCAAGAUGAAAUAAACAAAUAUUCUACGUGA